UGAAAAGAGCUCACACUUGCACACCGAGUUUGUUGAGAGAGGACAUCCCUCCCCAGGAAGGCAGCAAAAAUAGGGAAAAAAUGUGUUGAAUCAAGAAGACUGAAUAAAGAGUUACUCAACUGCAAACUGUAGAAGAACAAAGAAUACAAUCAAGAGAGGAUAUUAACUCCAAAAGAGCAAAGGGAUAUUAAAAGAAAAAGAAAAUUAAAACAUGGAAAAGGAAGAAAUAAUAAAAAACAGCCAUUUAAAUGAUUAAAAAUCAAGUAUAAAGUGUAACCUUGAAGAAAAAGAAGAAAAUUAUUAUUAUUAUCAGAAGAUUCUUAUCAUAAGGGAUAAAAAGACCAAAGCAAAGGAAAUACAGAUCACAAGGGCUUGCGUCUUUCUCACUCAUUUUUCUUUCUGAUGCUUCAGGAUAAAGCAUUUUCUCUAGAACUGAAUUUGAGUUCAAGAACAUUCUAUUUCCUCCUUCGAAGAGAAAAAGAUUCGUAUUUCUUGGAUUCAUAUUUUUUUUAGAAAAACAAGAAUAUUUUAAGGAGGCUUUCUAUCUAAAAAGUUCUGUUCCCUGUAGGACUGAUAUUAAGGACGUUCCGAAUGGAGUGGUUUUUAUAUUUAGGGUUUUGCUGGCUUGUAUUAUGGGACCCUUGGUUUGUGAAAGCAAGAACACCAAACACAAAAGCAGGUCUUGGUGAUGAAGUGGUGCAAGGAACGCCCAAACCUUUGAUGCCCACUGAGUUACCACAGGUUGUGGCAGACCGUUGCCGAGGCUACUACGAUGUAAUGGGUCAGUGGGACCCACCAUUUAAUUGUAAUGCCAGCAGUUAUUUGUACUGCUGUGGAACAUGUGGAUAUCGUUUCUGUUGCCAAUUUAAACAUGGAAGGUUGGAUCAGAGUAUGUGCUCCAACUAUGAUACCCCAAACUGGGCAAACACUGGAAAACCUCCUGCUCGGGGAGAAGAAUCAAGCGAUGACCCAAGCAAAGACAAAACCAACAUGAUUGUAUAUAUUAUUUGUGGGGUGGCUGCUCUCAUGGUACUUGUGGGAAUCUUCACUAAGCUGGCAGUGGAGAAGACACAGCGGCCCCAAACUGAUAUGAGUGUUUCCAGGACUCUAGCAGAACUCCUGAAGCAACCAGCCCAUGUGGACCUUUUGAAUGAUGGCCGUAGAGAUAGCAUCCAAGUGCAGAUUACAGAAGUUAUACCAAGAGUCUCGCCAAGGAACAGCAUUGAUCACACAAGCUUAAAUAACAUUGGCCUGACUUCACCCCUAGUGCCACCAAUUGGUCUAUCGUUACCUCAUACUAAUAGAACACCGCUAGUUUCUGGAAUCUCAGUGCAAGACCAGGACUUUUCCAAGUACACAACCCUGAAAGCCGUUGAAACUGCAACAGAGGAUUUUUUCAAGAGAUUCCCAGUGGUGGAGGUUACUGGAGGCUCCCCCUGUUACAAGCCUGCAGGGCUGCAUGCCCAGGACAGUACACCUCUGGCUGAUACCUCCUCUCUCAACCCCAACAAGCCAAACCACAAGGUCAAAGUGGCUAAAACCAAUACCCACCCACUAGCAGGAGCUGGAUUCCAGGGCUGGGAUCCAAGUUAUCAUGACAAUCGAAGACAUGUCUAUGCCAAUAAGAGGCAGUACAGCAUUGAGAAGCUUCCUGAACUGUUCAGCCAGCAAGGUCAAUAUACCAACACACCCCAGCGACAGUUCUCUAGCAACAGCAAAACUGAAGUUACUGUCUGAAAGGCCCCAUAUCUACCUUCAGUUCCCACGAGGCAACAAAAGGUGGAUGGUAGACAAAUAAGGAACAUGCCUGCUGCCUCAUCCUAAGUUUGUGGGACCACAGAAGAAUACAGAAUGGCAGAAAAAAAAGAAGUGGCUAAGUGGUUCUUCGGCUUCGGGUUAGCUGAGUCCAGUUCUUUGAAGACUUUGAAAAUAGGUCAAACAGCACAAAAUGGACACUAACAAAUGUUGCAGUCUUAUUGACUAAGAACUUGUGUAUUUCUGAUUUUCCCCUAAAUAAAAUGUGCCUGCAAAGGCUUCAGAACCUAGUUUGCUGCAGAUUAGCGACCUAGAACAAGAUAUCACUUAUUCCUGUUUUCUCUUUCAGUGCUUUCUCAAUAGUACCUGCAGUGAAUGUGUUGUCCUUUUGAUAUUGUUAAACCUUUUGUUACUGAUCCUAGGUUAGCAUGCUAAAAACCUGAUCUUGCUCCAUGUCAGCAAUCCACCAAUCAGGACCUCCUUGCACUGUUCAUGCAGACUGGGUCUGCUCAGUGUCCUGACUUUACUAUGAAUUGUCAGCUGCUGUCUGAUCAUUAACUCCUUAUGAUUUUCAGGAUGGAAUGCUGUAACAAAUGCCACCAAGUCGUCAUGAUUAUAGUUGUUGUUGUGAAUGCUGGCAUGCAUUCUUCUCCUCAUCAGACAUAGGAAGCAUUUCUUAAGCUUUUGUCUUCAGCUUUAGAAAUGUAAUUAUAUAAGAUCGCUGCCAAAGCUUCUCCCCGGGGUGUUAAAAAUGACGUAGGUAGCUAUAUUUUUAUUUUACCCUGUCCAUUCCCUGUCUCAAAAGAACUGCUAUUUGUCAAUCUAUCUGACUUAUAAGAAUCAAUACUAACUCUGAAUUAGAUACCACUCAGGGUUAAAGACAAAAGCACAUGUAACUACAACAUUAUGUUUCCCACAUAUAAAUAAUGGUAUUAUUAAAGAUGUUGUUCUCCUUUGACUUUUGGUUUAAUAUAGAGAGUAAUGAUCU